AUGCUGGAACAAUAUGAUAAACGUGUUCAAGAGUUGGAGUCAGAACUAGAAGCUCAAAAAGAAUUCAAAGAAAAAUACCAAUCUUUGGCCAAAUUGUAUUCCCAGUUACGUCAGGAGCAUUUGAAUGUUCUAAAAAAAGUGAAGAAACUUCAAGAUGACUUAAAUGAUUCAAGAAACGAAGUCAGUGACUUAAAGAAAGAGGCUAAAAGUAAGGGCAAGGGCAUAGACAGAAGCGGCAUGAUAUUGAAAAGUCUAGUUGAAUCGAGUAUCAAAUCGCUCCAGGAUCCGAUCGCCUCUCUUGAUGUGUCAGACCUUGCCACCGAUCUUUCCAAUGCCUUCAUCGAUGGUGAUAUCAAUACCAUAGUCAAUAUUCUGCCCGAGUUUGUCUCACUACUGCUCCGCUGCCCACAGGAGAUGCAGACCAUAGCAGAAGACUUCUUGCGAUGCUUAUCCUCGGCAAAGCAGACCGAUUCCGUGAUAAACGCCAACAUUGCGUUCCAGGAAAAGCUUAAAAUUAGACAAUAUAGUUACAGAUAUGGUGAUAGUGAUGAAGUUUGA